AAUUAUCGGACGUUAUUUUGAUACUCAUUACAAAACGGCCCCAAAUGUUUUGAAUAGAGCCAAUUGAGUCCUCUGAUCCUUUUAUCUUCUUCAAAUGGGGAGUCUCUUCAUCUCCACCGUGCCUCUGUUGCCGUUCCGGAUUCAGACGCAGACCCGACUUGCUGUAAUCAGUACGCGAGCGAAUAACCGAUCAUUCAAUCACAAGCCGACAAGGAUUUGCACGAAAGUUAGAGGUUUGGGAGGAAAUGGAAGAGGGCAGAAUGAUUCGAGGUUUGUCGAUGAAAAUGGCGGAGUUGAGGACAUGGAAGGUUACUUGGAUCAUCUCUCACUCGAAUACGACUCCGUAUGGGACACAAAGCCCUCCUGGUGUCAGCCAUGGACGAUAGUGGUGACGGGUUUAUCAAUAGUGGCAUGUAGCUGGGUGAUUUUACAUUCGGUUUUAGUUUCAUCGCUUGCCGUUGCUUUAAUUGGCGCUUGGUGGUACAUUUUCCUUUACAGCUACCCAAAGUCUUACUCAGAAAUGAUUGCUGAAAGAAGGGCAAGAGUAGCUGAUGGCUUUGAAGAUAUUUACGGCAAAGACAAGAAGACUCUGUAGACAAAUCCCCGCUCCUUAUGUUGGAAAUAACACAUUCGUUUGCUUGUCGCUUAAACCAUGUAUCUAUCGGUUCAUCUUAGUUUCAAUUCACAUAUAUGUUUGGAU